GUCCCUUGCCUGCAGCCAGUCUUAUACAGCCACACUUGAGCUCUCUCAACCUUGAUCAACAUUCCAGCUGUCCUGCAGUCUCCUGCGACUCCAGCCAGGCAGCUCUGUUAUCUGAAAGUCAUUGCAAAUUGUCGAUCUAUGAUACCGAUGCUUUUGGCCUACAUAAGCGCCCACAAGAGCAGGAGCAAACGUUAUCGCUUUUUUCCAAACAGCAAUCAUUGCUAUCAUCUGCUCAGCAUGAUUACCCUAUGGCUGCAGCAGUUACUGAUCCAAUCUACAGGCAUUAUCGACAGGCCCCGCUACCUCUAACGGUAAACAGUGAGCUACUUGGCGGUAGCUUUCGUGGAGGAAUAAAGUCCACCUUAAAAACCACACCAUCGGAGCCGAAUCUAACCGAAAAAUGUAGUUUGAAUAAUCAGCAGAUGCUGAUUGAUGAUAGCAAUGGUCUUGUAUUAGCUAUGCAAGAGAACAGCAGGAACUCUGUGGUAGAGUAUUCAUCUUCACCAAGCCAAAGGAUGGUAGCUUUUAUCUCACCAUCCUUCUCUGCUAUGCAACCACAAUCUGGAAUUGUUCAGCUCACAGAUUGGCCUACAAAUUCACGGCCUGGCUCAACUACAACUCCAUCGCUGAUGGACUUACGAGAUCCGCCAGAUGGUGCUGCCGGUACCUCCACAUUCUGCCAAUUCGGUAUCAUCGACAGCGCCAUGCCUGCACUCCUUAAACAGCACAAUCCAGGAAUAUUAUUGAAGGUUGCUGACUUGUCUAGCAUUCAAACAAACUCUGAAGCGUGUAAAUCUACAUCCGGCCUAUGGGCUGCGCAAUUUAAUAAUGCUAACCCUUCUAGCUUGGAAGUCAACUGCACUGAAUGCGAAGGCACCAAAGAACUUUGCUAUCUUUCGAUGAACAAGCAUCCUAAUUCUAAAGAACUGAUUCCUUCACAGAAUUCAGACAGCUGUAACCAAGUCGGCUGGACGGAACCCACGUUUUUGGAGUGUGAUAAAACACUGACAAAUGUGAACGAAUCAUCCAUCAACUACAUCGAGGAUAGAGAAACAGCCGGAUAUGGCCAACUUGCUGAACAAGAAUCAAAGGCGAGUAAAAUGUAUACGAGAUGUAUUUAA